CGCAGAUCAAUGGAGACUGAACCACACGCGCCUCACUCUCCUCUCUGCCAAACUCUGGGCUCCGUGAAAGAAAGCAACUCUCUGUCGCUCUUCUCUCUGCUUUUUGAAUCUUCUCUUUUCUUUUUUUCUCUCCACCACCUGAGAUUUCCAUCAUCAUUUUCUUGGAAACCAAACACAUAUUGAACCUCAUCAACGGCUGUGUUAAUCUUCAUGGUUUCUCAAUCCUUUCGCUCACCACCAUCCUCCUGAAGCUUCACAGUAUUGGGAUUCAAGUCGCAGCAGAUCUUGGAUGCUCACAAACCAAUGUGUAAAUAGAGAAGCAAAAGGAGAGGAUAAUGAAGACGACGACGAACAUGCAGGCCAAAGGGAGAGGAGGAAACAUCAAGGCGGCAAAUCCACAGCAGGUAAUUUUCGAGCUGAAGAAGAAAGUUGUCACGGCCUUGAACAAGCUCGCGGAUCGAGAUACAUAUCAGAGAGGAGUCGAUGAGCUUGAGAAGACAGUCGAGCAUCUCGCACCAGACAAGAUCUCAUGUUUUCUCUCCUGUAUACUCGACACUGACUCCGAGCAGAAGAGUGCUGUUCGCAAAGAGUGCGUCAGGUUAAUGGCUACGUUAGCUAGGUUUCAUCAGGGGCUUGUUGGGCCAUAUCUGGCUAAGAUGGUCUCUAGCAUCGUCAAGCGGCUCAAGGAUUCGGAUUCUGUUGUGAGAGAUGCGUGUAUCGAAACGAUGGGUGUUUUGGCGUCGAAGAUGAGCUGCUUUGAAGACAGCAGCUAUGGGGUUUUCGUUUCCUUGGUGAAGCCGCUUUUCGAAGCCAUUGGUGAUCAGAAUAAGUACGUGCAGUCAGGUGCAGCCUUGUGCUUGGCGAGAGUCAUUGAUAGCAGUCCUGAAGCUCCGGUUGCAAUUAUACAACGCAUGCUUACGAGAACCGUGAAGCUGCUUAAUAGCCCGCAUUUCAUUGCGAAACCAGCUGUUAUUGAGCUUAACAGAAGUAUCAUCUUGGCUGGUGGGGCAACGACAAAGAGUGUGCUUUUCUCAGCGAUGAGUAGCUUUCAAGAGGCUCUUAAAAACAAAGACUGGACAACUCGUAAGGCAGCAUCUGUAGCACUUAUGGAUAUAGCUGCUACUGGUGAAAAGUUUCUUGGACCUCUCAAGGCUUCUUGCAUCUGCUCUCUAGAAUCAUGUCGCUUUGACAAAGUGAAACCAGUGCGGGACUCAGUUAUCCUUGCCUUGCAGUAUUGGAAAGGUGUCCCUGGUUCGGAUAGUCCAGAGCCAUCUGAAACUGGAUCCUCUGUAAAAGAAAGUUAUAAUGGAGGUCGAGAGAAUAGUGAACUUUUCAGCACCGGUGACUCUAAACUGAAGGAUGUUACAUCUAACAAUUAUGUAACGGAUUUGGCAAGGAAAAAGGUUCCGUUUUCUGCCAGGAAAGCACCUACACGUUACAAUGACGACCCUCCAAAGACUAAACAGGAUAAUUGGCGUAUCGAAAUCGCAGUCCCGGAAUCUCCAGUUGUCUCCAAGGUUAAUAAUCUUCACAAUGAAGAAUCAGAGGGCAGCUGCAUCACCAAAACAUUUGCAGAAGCCAGAAAAACGCCAGAAGUGAGAUAUGAGUAUAUUCCAAUGGACGAUAAGGCAGAUAGUUAUGUAACUGACGCUGUGAAUGAAGACGAUGAUAUCAAGUCUAUCACAGUUUCUUCAAACAGUUUCCAAGCAAAUGGUACGGUGAAUCCAGCCAUAAUGAGCAAACGGUUCGCAGCUGAAGAAACUGAUUCUGAGGAGCAGCAAUUCUCAACCAAAAUGAAGAAUCGUACAAGCACUGACUCAACUUUAACAGUGUCAAGCUCUCAAACCAUUCAUGACUGCUGUGCUCAGACUGCAAAUGAAAUGGCUUCUGUUCGUAAACAGCUCUCAGAUAUUGAGAAUAAACAGUCACAACUGAUAGAUCAGCUGCAGGUCUUUUCAACAGGAGUCAUGAAGAACUUUUCGGUUCUUCAAUCAAAGGUGUUAAGCUUAGAAUAUGCAGUGGAGGGGAUAGCUCAAAACUUUCUCUUGCAUUCAGAUAUAUCAAACUCCAAUUUUGUGAAGCAAAACCAAGGUAGUACUGUGUCACCGAGGCUCUCUAGUUGCACUUCGAGAAACUCGACAGAGAUCCGCAAUCGGCAAUCUACAUUGUCAACUUCCAAGUACUCAAUGACAAGAGAGAACAAAACACAUGGAAGAAGCAAACUAAAUGCAUCACAGGGUAUAGAGAAGACUCGAAGUAAUCCUUUUGGUAAGACUGGCCAACAACAUAACAGAGAAGACAUUUGGAACAACAUUGGACAGGGAAGACAAACAUCGAUCCAGGCCCGGGAAAGUUCUCAAAGCAUAGGACAGCAUUAUGGAGAAGUGAUGAGUGGAUCGAGGAAAACUGUGAAUUCAUGUGAAGAUGUGGUUGAAUCAGAGUAUAUAGAAGUGCUUUCUUCUGGUGAUGAGCUAGCACUUGUUCAGCUUCUUGACAGAACCGGCCCCGUGUUCGACAGUUUGUCUUCGAAUACCGUAAAUGAGCUUCUCAGUAUACUUCUCUCCUACCUCCUCGAGCGAAGAUUCAUGAAUUCAGUCGCUGACUUGAGCACUACAAAUGGAGCUAAUUAUCUUAUCCCAUCAGCGAGAAAGAGAGCUCAAGUGUUGUCUGCGAUUCAGGAGACUUCAGGCAUGGAUUUUUCAAAUCUUGCUGAGAGAAGAGCGGUUACUCAAAUAGCAAUGAAGUUGCGCAAACUAUGGGGAAAAUGCUCGUGAUUAUUAGGUGUGUGCUGAAGUAGACAAGACAUUGCUACAAGCUGAUGUCUUCUUCCACGCUUUUAUUGUUGUUUCUUGGAAGAAGAUUCGUAAUUGGGGUACGAUUUCGGAUUUUUAAAAGAGUCUUAUUGCAACAUAUUGUUUCAAUCGUUUCUUCAAUUUUCUAGUGUUAUUGGUUUUUGCUGUUGUCGUUGUUCUUGAUCGUUGGUUUCUAAGGAUGAGUGCUAUUUUACAAAAAAAAAAAAAUCCACGACGAAACAUGUAUUUAUUUUCUUAAGGGUUUCUGCGAAGCUGGUGUUGAUGAGGUGAUUGUCUUAUCUACCCAUUUGACUCUUGCAUAUUAGAUGCACUGGAGAUAAAUGGCUAUAUGAUUAAAUAUUUUUAUUAUUUUUAGAGAAAUUGACAUUUUGCCGUAGAGGUUGUGUUGGUUAUUAGCGUAUGAAAUGAAAUGAAAUGAAAAAAUUGGGUUUUCGUAAUUGUAAGCACGACUGAGGCAUGACCUUUUUGUCUUUUAC